CCCUGAUGACAACUCCUCCGUGUCUCUGAUUUCUACUGUUGAACUAAAGACUUGCACUCACCAUCAAAAUGCCGCUCAUCAAGAUUGCAACAAAUGUCAAAGGUGAUUCUAUAGACCAGGAGGCCUUUCUGAAACAAGCCGGUGUUGCGUUUCAGGAAACAAUCGACAAACCAAUGUCUAAAGUUCUAGUUCAGCUUCAGCUAGACCAACUGAUGUCCUUUGGGGGAACCACAGAACCCUGCGCGAUGAUCGACGUCCUCAGCGCCGGUAAAAUCAGCAAAGAAGAAAAUAUGAAAUACACUAAAGCACUCACUGAACUGAUGGCGAAAAUUAACGUUCCACAAAACAGGAUGUAUGUUAUCUUUGUGGACUUGCCGAGAGACAACAUUGGAGUCAAAAAUACUGUUCUAUCUGAGCUGUAAAAGACACCAACUAGUCUAUUUCGCACUCAAUAUCAGAUACCCCGGAACGCAUCACCAAUACUGAACUUUAUCAACAAAGCAAUGUCACACCAGCAUCAAUAACACUACGCAGCAACGAUUACAACUGAUCGGACACGCAACUAAGAACAAGUUUUCAAGUGGGCACAUUUAGUCAACCACAUACUGACUCACUCACCGGAACGACUCACUUUGGAAGCCCAGUCAACCUUCCGCCCUUUUUGCUAUAAUGUCACUGGUUCCCCUCUGUGCUUUACACAUGUUAAAAUGGAACAUGCUGUUGGGACCAAUGAAGGAAACCAUGGGC